AGAAAGAAAAAGAGCAGGGAAAAAGGGCAACUACGCCCAAACAGAAAGGGCAAGGAGCAGUAGCAGUGUGAGAGUGGUGUGAGGCAUGAUGAGGAACCCUCCUUCCAUUCCAUCCAAGUCGGGUCUCGCCCCGCCCGAAGAAGACCCUGAUCCGGCUCGACCCAACGGCUCAGUCGGCGUAGGGGGUGCUGCCGGAAUCCGAAAGAAGGGAGUGGGACUCCGAGCGUGGCUCCUCCUGGACACCACCGGCCAAGCCCAGGUGGUGGAAGCUGGCAAGCACGCGAUCAUGCGGCGGACUGGUCUGCCCGCCCGAGACCUUCGGAUCCUCGACCCUCUUCUCUCGUACCCGUCGACGGUGCUGGGUCGAGAGCGAGCAAUAGUGAUAAAUCUGGAGCACAUAAAGGCCAUAAUCACAUGCCAAGAGGUUCUCUUGCUCAAUUCCAAAGAUCCCUCUGUUACUCCCUUUGUUGAAGAGCUUCAGAGACGGCUCUUGCGUCUCCACCACGCCACUAAGUCACAUGAGGGUGGAGUGCAUGCUACUAAUACAGACUGGACAAAUCUAUAUGAUCUGGGAGAGCCACAAUCAAGGGUGGUUAGCCCGCAAAAUUUUUCUGGAGACUUUUCACAGUUUCAGGACCAAGACGAGGGAGCUAAAGCUGAUGGGAGACCAGGUCUUGAGAAUCAAGAUGGAUUGAAAGUUCUUCCAUUUGAGUUUAUUGCUCUGGAGGCCUGCCUUGAGGCUGCUUGCAGUUGCUUAGAAAAUGAAGCAAGGACAUUAGAGCAAGAAGCUCAUCCAGCUUUAGAUAAGCUUACUUCAAAGAUCAGUACGCUCAAUUUGGAACGUGUCCGUCAAAUUAAAAGUCGCUUGGUUGCAAUAACUGGGCGUGUUCAAAAGGUUAGGGAUGAAUUAGAACAUCUGCUAGAUGAUGAUGAAGAUAUGGCUGAGAUGUAUCUGACUGACAAGAUGAUCCAACAACACCUUGAAAAUUCUUCUGUUUCCUCUAUUCAUGAGAGAGAUGGCAUGGAUGAUGGAGUUCUUCAUGCGGACAUGGAUGAUGGGAUUCCUGAUGAAAUCUCAUUGGAAGCCAAUGGUGUUUCUGCUACUUAUGAAGGUGAUCUUCAAAACAUUGAUAACCCUCAGGAACAUUUGUUUGGCACACCUCAUGCCCUUGGAAGAGACAGCCAUGGGACCCAUACUAGUACCACACACAGUGCUAUAAGCAAGCACCUUGAUGUGGAGGAGCUUGAAAUGCUCUUGGAGGCAUAUUUUGUGCAAAUUGAUGGUACACUGAACAAACUAUCCACGCUGAGGGAGUACGUGGAUGACACGGAGGACUACAUCAACAUAAUGCUGGAUGACAAGCAGAACCAUCUCUUGCAAAUGGGUGUCAUGUUGACAACAGCAACUCUAGUUGUUAGUGCAUUUGUGGUGGUGGCUGGCAUCUUUGGCAUGAAUAUCCAUAUCGAGCUGUUUGAUGAUAAAAAAUCAGGAGUGCAAGAGUUCCUGUGGACUGUUGGUGGUGGUGCCACCGGGAGCAUCUUCCUCUAUGUCAUUGCUAUUGCUUGGUGUAGGCACAAGCGCUUGCUGGAGUAAUUAGAUCCUGGCUGUACUUGUUGACACGGCCUAUUGCUCUUGUAAGUGGUGUUGUGCGCUCAGUUUGAACAUGGUUCAUAUGUAGUAGACGCCAAGACCAGUUUCUAUACAUCUUUUAACUUAAAACAGUUCUUGCUUAUGUGUGUAAAUUUGUCAUUGUUCGAUAAUCCAUUGGUUCCUUGUUUGGAAAGGAAUUGGAAAAGUCUCUUGUAUGAAAUACUUAAUCUCAUCUCCUGCGUGAAAAUUUUAAGGUAGAAGGUCAUGUCUCACUCUACACGUGGGAGGGACCACUCCCAACAAUUUAUGUUUUUGUA